UGCAAAACAACAAAGUGGGUGUUUGGGGGAGGAUACACCGGGGGGGGGGGGGGGAAGAUGAGGGGGGCGGCAGCCCCCGGUGCCCGGCUCGGGCCCGGUUUGCUGCGACGGGGAGGCGAGGAGAAGCCGGGUACCCCCCCCCCGCCCCGUCCCCUCGGGGCCGGGACCGUGCUCGUUCUCCCCCAGCCCGGGGCUCGUUCCCGUUCCGUUCUAAGGCGUGUAAACGGCUCCGGGUAAGCCGGGAGCGGAGACCGGUCCCCGGUUGGAGGGGGCGGCCCGGCCCGUCGGGUCGGUGAGGGGACAGACAGUGCCCAGCUCCGACUGAGCCCCGGGGCCACCGCCACAGCCCGGGGCUUCUCCGCGGUCACGCGUGGCCGUGGGGCUCCGAGGGACGGCACCUUCCCCGCAGCCCGGGACGGGGCCGGAGGGGGCAAAACCGCCUGGGUGGGGGCAGCGGGGGGACCCCAUCCUCACCCGGGAUGUCCCCUCGGUAGCACCACGACCCCGAGGGACACGGACCAUGAGCCCGCACCCCCCCCCUCCCCGGGCUGGCACCCGAUGACUUGGGGUUGCUCGCCCACGGUUCUGGGGAGGGGACAGUCGUCCCCCCCCAAAAAAAAACUAACCCGUCUGCCUUUCCCCUGGCAAGGGAGCACCCUGACUGCAAGGUCCACAGCUGUCCCCAAAUCGGGGUGUGGAGUCCCGACAGCACAUCCCCCCCCCUUAGCGGAGGGAGAGGUACCAGCACCAACCGGGAGACAAAGCCCCACCGACUCCGCAGUCCCGAGCGCCGGAGCCCAGCACCCUCCCGGAGCAGCGCAACCUCCUCCCCCCUGCCAUGCUGGGCCUGCAGGUCAGGAAGUGGCUGUACGAGGAGACAGCAAAGCGAAACCACCCACCUCUUCGGGCCACGUGAGCCAGCAGUGGGAAGGGCGAGGGGUCGGGGGACCCUGCAUCCCACCCCACUUGCAGGGUGCCAGCACCCAUCGCAGCCCAUCUCUGAGCUGUGACACCCCCCACAAGCUGCCGCUCCUUUUGCAGUCGCCCAGCACCGGUCACCCCAAAACCCCUCUGGAAUGCCCCGGUGCCACCGCAGCCCGGCGCAGAGCCAUGGAUGGCAUUAAAACGCUUCCAAUGGGACCCUUGCACCCAGCCUCUCCACCCCAAAUUGGGUGCAGACCUGGCCCAGCUCGGUCCCCGCCGUCCCCAAGACAUGGCCGCGGGGCAAGAGCCGAACUGGGAAGCUGGCGGGGCUGGGAGCUCUGUGCUCCAGCUCCCCGGGGACGGCAGCACCCCGGGAGCCCCCCCCGAGCGUGGCCAAUAGCCCCCCCCAUUGCAGGGCUGUACCCCAGGGGUGCAGGCUGGGGACCGGCCAGCCCUUUGCUCCCCCGAUGCCCCAGUUUGUCCCGCUUCCCCCUCUCAAGCACGUUGCCAUUUACCAUCUUGCUCAGCUUGCUAUAUUUAGCUGAUCAAAACUAAUUUUAAUUUAUGGAAGGAAAUCGUGCUGCCGUUCCCACGGCCCUGCUGCCACCCUGUGUCCCGGGGCCCACGCACGACACCAAGGUACGGGGGGUGCCGAGACCACCCCGGCUCCCCCCCCGGAAAAAGCCAACGAUUCCCUGGUGAAAAGGCAGAGGUUUUCCCAACGAUUGCUGCUGCCCACAUGGGACCAAGGCUGCUCCUGCCAUCCCAGCACCGACACCUGCAGCACAGCAUCGGGCCAGGGCGCUCCCAGGUAUACAGCCGGGGCCGCCCGGAGGGGUCAGCUCUCGCCUGCCCACCCCCAUCCCAUGGUCUUUAAUUUGGGGUGCAGAAACAGGAGCUGUUCCCGGGGGGGCUCCGGCUCGCAGCUGGGUUUGGCCUGUUU